ACUAAAGGAAGACAUGGAGUUGGAAAAACAACUUAAGCUCCUUAAUAAGUCUCCUAUCAAGACUAUUAAUACUGAAUUUGGAGAUAUUAUUGAUUGUAUUGACAUUUUCAAACAACCAGCAUUUGAUCAUCCUUUAUUGAAGGACCAUAAAUUACAGAGAAAACCCAACUUUCAAAAUAGGAUUGAAAAGUCAAAUGUCAAUAAUUCAAGAUUGACAUCCAUUUUUGGAUUGGGUAAGGAUAAAUGUCCAACAAAUACCGUUCCUAUAAUGAGAAUAACAAAAGAUGAUCUUAUUCGAGAAAAAUCGUUGUUAAAUGACGAUAUAUUGGUUAAAGAUCUUCCAGGUGUUCAUCUUGCAGAAGUUUCAAUUCCACCACGUUAUGGUCCUUAUUACGGAAUCAGCGGAAGAAAUGCUAUUUAUAAUCCAGAAGUUCAUACCAAAUCUCAAAUAUCUAUGUCUCAUUUAUGGAUUCAAAAUGGACCAAUAGAAUUUACUAACAAAAUUUCAACUGGAUGGCAUGUGAUUCCUAAACUAUAUGAUGAUUAUUCAACUCGUUUAUAUGCUUCAUGGACGACAGAUAAUUUUAAGAAGACAGGAUGCUACAACAUUCGAUGUGCAGGUUUUGUUCAAACAAGCCAAAAUAUUUACCUUGGUGCACCUUUAGGCCAACCAUCUAUCUAUGGGGGACCAACUUAUGAUUUUUCCCAAUCUAUUUCACAGGAUCCAGUGACCAAAAAUUGGUGGUUACAUGUAAAGCGUCAAUUUAUCGGAUAUUUUCCAGCAAAAUUGUUCACCAACAUGAGCUCUGCUAGUGAAGUGGGAUGGGGUGGAAGAACAAGAACUACUCCUAGAACUCUUAGUCCUCAAAUGGGGUCUGGACAUUUUCCUGAUGGUGAUUGUUCUCAUUCAGGUUACUUUAGAAAAGUGACCAUUGAAGGUGUAAAAAGAAUACCUUAUGGACCUGAAACAUUUCAAGCUUCUUCCUUUACCGACAAUCCUAAAUGUUUUGGUGUUAAAUACUUUGGAUUUUUAGGACCCAAAUUUGGUAACCUUAUCCAAUUUGGAGGACCUGGUGGUAAAUGUGGCAAUUAA